AUGAAAGAAGGUAUCAAGCCUUUUGAAAUGAUAGGUUUGAAUAGUAUACGUUAGUUUGAACUUACUUAACCACCUAUUUAAGGGGCUCAACCCCACAACUUUAUAAUUAUUUAUUAAAACAACAGUACAAUCACUGCACCGUUCUAUUCGAUGUUUGAUAACACAUAUUUUCAAGAUAUAUUUUUCCAACAAUCUGAGAUCAAUUAGAAGGAGUCUCCUUUAAUCGAUCUAUAAGAGCAGUAUUCUGAUUUUUCUACUGAAAAAAAUUCAUGUGAGAGUCCUAUUCUUCCUCAGUUUGAUUCCUUUGACCUCAAUUAAUUAUGUGAAUCCAGCAAUUCUUGCCUUUUAAGAGAAGAGUGCUUUUCUUCGUAAGAUUGCACAGACUAAUUCUUGUGGGUGCCAACAAAUCAUGGCCAUAUUAUCAGUCCAAUUGAAAAUGACACUGACAACUUCUCUACCAUCAACCAUCAACAAAAGGAUAACUUGAUCAACACCCAUGAGCCCUAGUAGUCUCCACCCUCACAAAAUGAAAUUGAUAUUCUUAAAAUGUUAGAUGAGGCAUUAGAGGGUGAUGAUCAAACUUAAAUUAGCCAAUAGGAAAAUAGUUACUAAGAUUUUAUUGGUCAGAAAUAAAAAAUUUCUGGUCAGUAAAGGGUUAAAAAGGAUGAAUGUUGGAAGGCUAUUUUGAGACCAUUUAGACAUUUUUAUUAGAAAGAUUUCAUUAAGCAAUCAAAUGGCAACAAUAAGUAAAAGUGGUCUGAGUAGAAACUAGUUGCGAAAAUUAAAGAUUAUCUAGAGUCUUUGAUUCCUAGAUUGGCAAAUUCUAAUAAAGCUCAAGCUAAGAGAGUUAAAGAAAUCUUACACUAAGAGGAAUCAAUAUUUAAGAUGUUCUUGAUAUAAUUUACCUCUAGAAAUAAGCGAGAUAAAGUUCCAUUAAAUUUGCAAAAGUAUUAUAAUAAUUAAACUUUGGAGAACUAUUGGAGAGUAUUCAAUAACAAUAACGAUAGUAAGCUAAAGAGCUUCUUUAAAGAUGAGCUAAUACAAAUACUAUGGAUUUAUUGGCAGAGUAACAAUCAAUUUUAAUAGCAAUUAAAGUCAAUUCCUUUAAAAGGCUAGUAACUAUUAUAAAAAGAUUUCUAAAUGAUUGGCCUUUAAUGGCCAAGCUUGGUGAAGCUAGAGUGA